CCCUGUCUAUAAAGGACCCUAGUUUUUUCUCAUUCGAGUUUUCCGCAGCAGACGACAACGCAUCGUAUACUGAUGGUGGCAUAUUUCAAUCCUUGAUUUGCUCCAGCACAUGUGCGAGAAGCUUUUUGGAUUCGUUUCCUCUACUUGUGCUCUUGAGGGAAUUAUCUUUACGUGGAGAAGGAGGAGGUUUCUCAAAGCCUGUUCUUGUAGGCGAAGUCGAAACGCGGAGAGCAGGCACGUCGCGACCGCUGGGACCGGUAGAAGAAAAGGAGUUCGAUGGUGAGUUGGCGUUAGCAAGCCAUUCGGUGUCGAUGCGCAAAGGUGUAUUGGGGGACUGAUAUGAUUCCAUGGUGUUAA